AUGGCUGCUGGACGUGGACGCGGCGGCUCGGCCGGCAACAAGUUCCGCAUGACCCUCGCUCUCCCCGUCGGCGCCGUCAUGAACUGCGCCGACAACUCGGGUGCCAAGAACCUCUACGUCAUUGCUGUCACUCGCUCGGGUGCCCGCCUCAACCGUCUCCCGGCUGCUGCUGCUGGUGACAUGUGCAUGUGCACUGUCAAGAAGGGCAAGCCCGACCUCAGGAAGAAGGUCCACCCCGCCAUCGUCGUCCGCCAGCGCAAGGCCUGGCGCCGUCGUGACGGUGUCUUCCUCUACUUCGAGGACAACGCCGGCGUUAUCGUCAACCCCAAGGGUGAGAUGAAGGGUUCGGCCAUCCAAGGCCCCGUCGCGAAGGAGUGCGCCGACCUCUGGCCCCGUAUCGCCUCGAACGCCGGCACCGUCGUCUAA